GCGUCGUCUCAUUCCGCGCGUUAGUCUAGUACGGCGCAAUUUACCGCAAAAUCCUGCUCUUGUCACGAUAAAGUUAGAUAUACUGUUGUCCGCAUUAUUUCGCAGGUUAUUUGUGUUUCGUAUACGGUAAGCGUCAAAGUAAUCGCGUAAUAAACGCGGUCCUAGUUUUCUGGGCGUUUGAAAUCGGACACCGCUGUAACGUCUCCCCUCAGCGCGGAGGGAUACACUGUUGGGGCUGACAAUGUGGACGGUGCUAAAAUGUCUCCUCGGAAGAUGAGAUGUUACAUUUGUAGCGCUCAAAAGAAUUAGAAUAGAACUUUGGCCGGAGUUACAUUUGAGCGCAGUUACAUUGUAACAACUCUCGACGCGGAUUGUUCGUGUUUCCCGGGAAAUAGGACGCGUUUUGCACCGUGAUUUAGCGGGACCUGAGACGCGGAGGGGGGAAAUUUUGUCCCCCAACUUUUCUGUUUUUCCUCUCGGGCUGAAGCGCGUUUCUCUCCCGCUGGAUGCCGCGCGUGUGACGCGAGAAACGGAUCAUAAACCUGUUUGAGCUGAGAGAGAGACGUCGAGCCAGAAAAGCAGAUCAAGAGCACUCAGGAUCAGAAUGGCAACGGUGGGGACCGACAUGGAGCUGAACGACUUGUUGGAUUUCAGUGCUAUGUUUCCUCAUCCGGUGUCAAACGGGAAGAACCGAGGCGCUACUUUACCCAGCAGUCAGUUUGGUUUAGAUGAAAGAAGCGGCUCCGGCUCUUGGGCUCCAGGAGAAGCGAACAGUCCCUCAUUUGGUGCACGGCUGUAUGGAGACGGUCCUCACUACGCUGAACAUGAUGGCAUGUACAACUUAGAUAUUGACGGGAAAUCUGAAAGAGGAUACCCCGUUGCACAGCAGCAGCUCUUGCCCGCUGAUAUUAACGACGGCCUUUCCCCUCCGGGAAUGAAAGUCCCUUCUCAGUUCUACAGUCCUCACCGCCGGAGGGUCGCUGACUCCAGCAUAGAUCCACUGCCCAAGAAGAUCCGGAAGGUUCCUUCUGGCCUGCCGUCGUCCGUGUCUUCGGCUUAUCCCGGUUCCACCGGUGAGGACUAUAACCAGGACGGCACCGGAUACCCCGGAUCCAAAGCUGGAAACCUUUAUCCAGGCUCCUUUUGGUCGGAUGGGAUUCCGGAUCAUUGGGGACAGUCUGGUUAUUCUCCUGUCAUGAGUAACUCUCCUCACAUCGGUCAGCCGGCCCCGUUCCCCUCCAUAAACACACAGAAGCGGCAGCCUUUGCCCCUGUCACCACAGAACUACCCUCUGCACGGGAGCGAGGUCAGCUUACCCGCCAGCUUCCACCCGGCCUCCGCUGGAUACGGCGUUCCCAACCACACGCCGCCCAUCAGCAGCACCGAUGGCAUUAUGGUCAGCAGAGCUGGAAACGCAGGCAGCUCCGGCGCUGAAAUCGGGAAAGCUCUUGCUUCGAUAUAUCCCUCUGACAAUAAUGGCAACAGCUUCUCCUCGAGCCCGUCCACCCCUGUGGGUUCUCCUUCAAAUGUUGCUGCUUCUGCAUCUCAGUGGCCCAAAGGCUCCUCUCAGGCCGGGCCGUCGCCUGGUUUUGAGCCCGGACUACAGGCGGGGAAUAAGCUGGAUGAUCGUCUGGGUGAAGCUCUGCAUGUGUUGAGGAAUCAUGCGGUGGGCGCAGACAUGCACAGUUUGCUGAGCGGACAUCCAGCUGGUGCAGCGGCUCUGGGCUCCCUCAGUCAGGCCUUCGGGCUCGCCAGCCGUCUGCCAGGCCUGAUGUCAAAUCACAGUGAUGAUGCCGCAGGUUUACCACAGGCCAGUGCUCUGCUGCAGGGACACCACGCCCCUCAUCAGGCCCCGCCCACUUCACAGUCCGACACCUUUACCAGUCUUUCUCUGCCACGUUCCUCUCACGUCUCCAACUCAGACAUAAAGCGGGAAGAUAAAGAAGAUGAUGAGAACCUCUCUAUUGCAGAUAAAUCUGACGAUGAGAAGAAAGACGGGAAAAGCCGCACACGAUCGAGUCAAGAUGAUGAAGUCGAUGACGAGGACUUGCCGAUUGAGGUGAAGGCGGAGCGGGAGAAAGAGCGGCGUGUGGCCAAUAACGCCCGCGAGCGUUUGCGCGUACGCGACAUCAACGAGGCCUUCAAAGAGCUGGGCCGCAUGUGCCAGCUGCACCUGAGCAAUGAGAAACCUCAGACCAAACUGCUCAUCCUGCACCAGGCCGUAAACGUUAUUCUCAACCUGGAGCAGCAAGUGCGAGAGCGCAAUCUGAACCCGAAGGCGGCGUGUCUGAAGAGGAGAGAGGAGGAGAAGGUCACAGGAGACCCGCAGAUGUUGUCCGGUCUGGGUGGAGACGGACACGGCCAUAUGUAACGCUCAGAUCCUGACGUAAGGAAGCUCUCCGUCGACGUGGCCUUAUCUUCCCGUUCUUGUUCCAGAGUCCACACACAUACACACAUUCGUGAUUUAUAUAUUAUAAACAGAUGUGUUGAAGACUCUCAUACACACCGUAACUUCCCGAGCCGCUCGUACGGCUCCGAACACAGUAUGUCCUCACCAACACGCGCAAUCAUGGACCAUUGGUGGAAAUCACCUGUGAGAAACAGCGUCUGCGGGCCCGGACCGUCCUGCUGUUUGAUGGUGUGAUGUUGGAUUUACAGUGUGCUGUUAUAUAGCACACACACACACACACACACACACACACACACACACACACACACCGAGCCCACGAGCCUUUGUAUUCAGCGCAAGGUCAAGCUCCGCUACGGGAACAGAUUCCUUUUUUUGUAGUUCAUGUAUUCGAGUUUGACUUUCUUUUGUACCGUUUUGUGUUUAUGAUGUAGAAAGAAAUAUUCAGUUUUGAUACGCAAUGUUUAUGGUUCUGGUUGGGGAUCGCCACUAAUGAGCAAAUCCCACAAAACCGCCCAUAUUUCACCUCUAAAAACAAUUAUUUUUAGAAGGAAAAUUAAGCCUGUUUUAUGGAACAUUAAGAUUUUGCUUAAUGUUAAGUAAGGUUAAAAAAAAUACAAUUUUAAUUAUACAUAAUUGAAUGUUUACUUUAUGUCCUUUAUGCUGAUUUAAAUUUAAAUCAUUGAAUUAAAUUUUUUUUUAUUGUAUAACAAAGAUAUAUGAAUACAAAAAUAAAAACAUAAGUCAUAAUGAUCCUAAAAAUAGGCUUUAUUUUCUUAUGGUAAAAUGUUGCUAUUUUAUUUUAUUUUGACUUAUUUUAUUUUAUUUUAUUUUAUUUUAUUUUAUUUUAUUUUAUUUUAUUUUUGAGGGGGGUGAAAUAUCUGAAUGUUUUUUUUUUUUGUUUUUUUUUUUUUUUUUUUUUUUUUUUCACUCUAAUAUCGGUCAUCAUCCAAUAGAAUUAGAAAGAAUUUUAAGGAAAAUGAAGCCUGUUUUAAAGAACAUUAGGAUUUUUCAUUCUGACACUUAUGACCAACCCAUCAUUUAAAAUUUUAUUAUAAUGCAAAAAAAUAAAAAAUAAAAUAAUGUAAAUUAUUCAUCAGUAAGUGUUUAUUUUCUGUGUCCUUUAUGCUGAUUUAUAUUUAAAUCAUUGUAUUAGAGUAUUUCUACUGUGUUACAUUUAAAAAAAAUAUAAAAGGAUCUAAAAAUUGCAAAAAAUAAAUGCUUAAAAAUAAAACACUUGGACACAUUAAGUUAAGGAAAAAUAAUGCAAAAGUCAUAAUGAUCUUAAAAAUAGGCUUUUUUUUCUUAACAUAAAAUAUAGUUUUUAUUUUAUUUAUUUUUUUUUUUUAAAGGACAAAGAAGCCUGUUUUACAAAACAUUAGGAUUUUUCAUUCUGACAUUUAUGACAACCCAUAAUCUAAAAUUUAAUUAAUGCAAAAAAAAAAAAUAUAUAUAUAUAUAUAAAAUAAUGUAAAUUAUUUUCUGAUGGCAAAAUAUGUUUUUCAUUUAUUUUAUUUUAUUUUAUUUUAUUUUGUAAUUUUAUUUUGAGGGGGGUGAAAUAUCUGAACUUGUUUUUAUUUUUCACUUCAGUAUUUGCCAUCAUCCAAAAGAAACUGAAAAAAUAUUUUUUAAGAAAAAUUAAGCCUGUUUUACAGAACAUUAGGAUUUUUCGUUCUGACAUUCUGACCAACACAUUUGCUUCAAAAUUGAAUUAUUAUAAUGCAAAAAAAAUUGAAUGUAAAAUAUUCAUCAGUAAGUGUUUUUUGUGUCCUUUAUUCUGAUUUAAUUUAAAUUGUAUUACAGUGUUUUUACUGUAUUACACUUAAUGUAUAAGAAUUACAAAAAACAAAACUAAUGCAAAAGUCAUAAUGAUCCUAAAAGUAGGCUUUAUUUAUUCAUUUUAGUUUUUUUGGUUAAUUUAUUUACUUGUUUUUUUUGAGGUGAAAUAUGUGUUUUUGUGGGAUUCACUCUAUAAUAUCUGCCAUCAUUCACCAAAGUACCAGAGCUUGUGUUUUUCAUUGUGGAUUUCUUAAGUAUUGGAAAAGGCUGGAUAAUAUUUCUCUCUUUUUUUGUGUCUCUUUUACGAGUAACUCAUUGUCUAUCGCCGUAAACCGAACCACGCGUAUGAGAAAACCGCUCGGAAACGUCUCUUUAUGCACACGUUUGACUGAGUCUGAGCAUUUCAGCCAUGUAUUACCACGUUUCUGAGUCCGUCUAUCAAUUUGCUUUGGAUGUGACGUCAAUUUGGUUUCUUUAGAACAGAUUUCUGUUCUACAAUACAACAUCUGACUAGUAUGUAGUUAACAGAUAAUGGGAUUUAUUAGCGAUUCAUUGCUGAAGUUGUGCAUUUGAUCAACUCAACGAAUUUGCUGCCACUUCUUGUCAAUAUUUCUACACAAAGUAGAGAAAAAUAGAUGGCGUGGGUCUUCACGAGACGACCCGGAGUUGUUGUUUUUUACUUCUUUUAUAAAGUUGUGUUAAUUGUUUGUGUUUACUUGUUUUUGUUAUUAUCUAUGUUGAUUUUAAAUGUUAGAUAAAUGGCAAAACUAGUGCUGAAGUACGCCAGGAACAAAUUGUGUUUCAUAUUUCUGUUGCAAUUUUUUAUUACGGGAGAGCUCGGAAAAAAUUUGUCGUUUAGAAAUGCCAAUUUUGCAUCGAACACACAGAAAUGUUGGUGAAUAAUCACUGUGCCCAAAUUUUGCAAAACCCACAUUAGUGGUUUGUCGUAGAUGUUUUCGAUCCAAAUUGAAAGGAAACACAGUACUGAGUUUAUCUCUAGAGAUCGUUUUCUUUUCUUCGUUAGUACUAACAUCGUCUUUUACAGCUAAAAGAUGAUUAUAUGAAUUAUUCUUGUUUAUGUAUUGCAAAAAUGUAAACUCUUAAAGGAGAGAGAGAGUGGCCUUCCUCAUUCUCCGGCGGCGGGGAGUGAUUCUGUACUAGUGCCUGCAUCGUUUUGUUCAGUUUUAUCCUGGAGUCAGUCAGGUUUUUAUUCAGACGUCACGUCUUGUGGCUUCGACUUGAGAAUAUUUUAUAAAUUCACAUGAAGAGCGACGUGAGAAUUCCAGAUGUAUGUUAAGUGAAUUCUUGCUCCUCUGAGCAAAUAAAGUACUUUCUUUGUAAACAUGGA